CACACUCCCCAGCUGUGAGAAGUGUCAGCUGCUCCUCAGCUGAUCGGAAGUGAGCCUGCCUUACAGGAUUGUCAGACUGCUUAGCGGGGUAGGAAUGGCUGAUGCCAUAGCAGAUACGAGGAGGCUUUUUGCCAAGCCCCAGAAUCUAAACGAUGCAUACGGACCUCCAAGUAACUUUCUAGAGAUUGAUGUGUCCAACCCCGAAACAAUCGGCGUGGGUCGAACUCGUUACACAACAUACGAAAUCAGACUGAAGACCAAUCUGCCCAUUUUCCGGCUGAAGGAGUCCAGGGUGCGGAGGAGAUACAGCGACUUUGAGUGGCUGAGAGGAGAACUGGAACGCGAGAGCAAGGUGGUGGUUCCACCCCUGCCUGGAAAAGCCUUGUUUCGCCAGCUGCCGUUCCGUGGAGAUGACGGGAUUUUUGACGACUCCUUCAUCGAGGAGCGGAGACAUGGCCUGGAGCAGUUUCUCAACAAAGUGGCGGGUCAUCCUUUAGCCCAGAACGAGCGCUGCCUGCACAUGUUCCUACAGGAUGAGUCCGUAGACAAGACCUACACACCCUCCAAGAUCAGAAAUGCUUGAACUUGCCUCACAAGUCCAGACCCAACCUAUAAGACUAGCCAUAACGCCUUCCUUUAUAACAGCAGAUCAGGUAAACGUGCCCAUUUCCCAAACUACCCACAAGAAACUCUGACAAUCCAGAAAAUAUACUGAGAAAAUCCUAGAAUGUCAGACAAGGCUGAACACACCCCACAGUAAAAAGAGAUCAGUCAACCCGCAAAGACUUCCCAGACCUAUGGUGCAUCAGGUACUCUUGAACAUGCCCAAAGUUCUGGACAGAAAAGAUUUUUACUUGAACUCAGCCCAGAUUUAUAAAGAACUAAAACGCGCCCUGAAAAUGUAUCCAGUCCGACAGAGAUUUUAAAUGAAACACACCAAAUUAAAGCCCAGUCCACUUAAUGGAUAACUGUGAGCAUGUACAUGCUCUUGGAGCUUUGCGGGGCUAAUAUUACCGUAAGAUUGAGGAGAAUAUGCUUGAAGUUCAACGUUUCUCAUUGGUAGAAGAGAUGUUGGUGCUUCUACAAGCUCAAGGGGAACCCUAUGCGGAGCCCAUCCAUGUUUUUACUGUGUCUACCAAAACUAGAGAUCAAAAACCAUCCUUCACGCUUGAACAAGCCCUUCCCCAGUUAUAACCAACGCCACUCACUGUUCUAUGAUGACGGUCACCUACUCAGCGAGACAUCUGAACCGAAAAUGAGAAACACAGCUACUCUCAUUGCUCAUAAACAUUACUGUUUAUUUCGGAUACUCUCAUUGCUUAUCGAGUUUGAUCCUCUUUGGUCAUCUCCUGUGUAAUUCAAGUGUUGUCUUGUCCGAAUCUUUAAUUAGUUUGAACUGAAACACACACAUCUGUGUUCAUAUAGUGGUUCAUUUAAUUUAAUUCUUCUCUCUUUUUUUCUUUUUUUGUCUGUAAACACCACUAAUAUUUGUAUGUUGUCUGUCUUGUAUUACUGUGAGAAUUAUGCUCUUUGAGAAUUAUGAACUUCCUGGGAAAAAAGAGACCAUGUGAACCAAAAACA